AACGGUUCCGAACAUGACGCCAGUGAUGCGGUCAGACCGCAGGGACUGACCCGGGUACCGACCGAGAGGAGCGGUGCUACAGGACCGCUGUCUGUCGGUUUAUCCAAACAAAGACACGAAAUGAUGGCUGCUGUUCCCGGGCAGUGCUGGAACAGCAGCGGCGGAAAAAACAGCUCCGUUCUCGGUGUGAAUGCGGGAAUUUAACCGCUGACGAAGACAAGCCGUCGGGCUCCUGUUCCUCUCCAUCUCCUCCAUCUUGGAUGUUAGUGAUGAUGGAGCACAUCCGGACUCCAAAGGUGGAAAAUGUCCGUCUCUUGGACCGGUCAGCAGGCCAGAGGAAAGCCAGUGCGGUGACCCUCUACCUGUCCUCCACCCACACCAUCUUUGUUGAGAACAAUCCUGAGACACGCAAAGAAACCUGGGUUCUGCACAGCAUGGUGUGCAGCGUGGAGAGGCCGCCCACCACGCCCGCUGGAAGCCAGCUCAUCCUUCGCUGCAAAGACUUCCGCGUCUACCAGGUCCUCAUCCCACAGGAGAGAGACUGUGUGGACGUCCACGCCUCGUUGGUCCGGUUGUCUCGACCAGAGAAGUACAGCGAGCUGUACUGCCUGUCCUUCAACCCCAACGUCAAUAAAGAGGAGCGCGAGGAAUCCUGGAGCUUCAUCGACUUGAAGGCCGACUACAAGAGGAUGGGUGUUCCCAACAACCUGUGGGUUUCCACGGCAGCCAACAGCGAAUACCGGGUGUGCGACACGUACCCCGCUGAGCUGUUUGUGCCCAAGUCGGCCACGCCAGCAGUCAUCGUGGGCAGCUCCAGGUUCAGGAGCCGAGGACGGUUUCCUGCUCUGUCCUACUUCCACCAGGAUACAUUGGCGGCAGUGUGUCGUUGCAGUCAGCCGCUCUCAGGCUUCAGCGGCCGCUGUCAGGAGGAUGAGAUGAUGCUGCAGGCGGUGAUGAAGUCCAACCCAGGAAGUGACUUCAUCUACGUGGUGGACACCAGGCCAAAGCUGAACGCCAUGGCGAACAGAGCAGCAGGUAAAGGCUAUGAGAACGAGGACCAUUACACCAACAUCAAGCUGCACUUCAUUGGCAUUGAGAACAUCCACGUGAUGAGAAGCAGCCAGCAGAAGAUCAUCGACGUUUUUGAGAUGCGCACUCCGUCCAUGACCGACUUCCUGUGGGGGCUGGAGAACUCUGGUUGGCUCAAACACAUUAAAGCCAUUCUGGAUGCUGGAGUCUUCAUUGCAAGGGCGGUGGCCGACGAAGGUGUCAGCGUUCUGGUUCACUGCUCAGACGGAUGGGACAGGACGGCCCAGGCGUGUUCGGUGGCCAGUAUCCUGCUGGACCCGUUCUACAGAACCAUCAAAGGGUUCAUGGUGCUGAUAGAGAGGGACUGGGUUUCCUUUGGACACAAGUUCUCACACAGGUAUGCCCACCUGGAUGGAGAUCCUAAAGAGGUGUCCCCCGUCAUGGACCAGUUCCUGGAGUGUGUGUGGCAGCUCUCUGAGCAGUUUCCAUGUGCCUUCGAGUUCAACGAGCGUUUCCUCAUCACCGUCCACACGCACGUGUACUCCUGUCAGUACGGGACCUUCCUGGGGAACAGUGAAAAGGAGCGUCGGGACAUGAGGCUGCUUGAGCGCUGCCACUCUGUGUGGCCUCAGCUGUGGAAGGACAGAUCCCAGUACACCAACCCGCUGUAUAAGGCCGAGCUGAGCCAGAGUCAGGGCAUCCUGAGGCCCAACACCACUCCCUACUGCUUCAAGAUGUGGAAGGGCCUCUAUAACCAUACAGAGAGGUCCAAGACUCCUAGACAGUCACCCGCCGACUUCCUGUCCACCGUCAGGGCGGAGUCCCAGCAGCUAGAGGAGGAGCUGACCAAUCACCAGGAGAGGAUCGUGGCUCUCACGGGGAAACCAAUCACAUUGGAGAAGACGGAGGUUCCGAGGAGGAGAACUAGCCGCCUGCCGCAGAGACACAGCGGGCCGGACCCGCCCACCUUCUACUCAGAACCCAGCACGAACUCCUUACUUCAGAACAGUCGCCUGCACUCCUCUGAACUGGCCAAUCAGAGGCCUCCACGUGGAGGCUCCGCCUCCUCCGGGCCGUCAGGGCAGCAGCUGAGGAGUCCGGAUAGGGAGGACGUCUCUGCCUGCAGCGACCUGGAGUCAGGCGUGGCCGACCUCAGCAGCCGCUCGUCCUGCGGAGGAGACGAUAACAAGGACCCGGAGCUGGAGUGAGGCUGGCCAUGCUGCUGCCUGACAGAAAUAAAGGGAACCCAGUCUGUUUAGACGGAGUGGGACGGCUGGCUCAGGCUAAUAACAGACAGAACCAAACCGGUUGCAGGCCUCACAUAAACUCAUCAAGCAGCCAUUUUUUGUUUACCUUCUGCACCGCUCCACGCAGGCGGCGUUUUGUUGGCAGAUUCAGGAUUUAAGUGAUUUACUGUUUUUAAAUAAACCACUGCAGGGCAGACAGGUGUCAUGCUGCGGGCUACAAGAGGUAAGAGGAGAGACAAAUGUACCUGGAUCAAUCUCCACGGCAACUGAGCAGGUUUUGUUGUUGUAAACCAGGUUCUGGGCCCAAUCAAAAACAAUCCUGAUAUUCAGGUUUAACGUCUCCCAUUGGGUCCUACGUUCCUCUUUUUUUCCUCACUCCUCAAGAUGUGAGGUUUUAGAGGCCGACUUACAGGACGUAGUCGGCCUCCUCCAACAAUCAGAGCUGUAGUUGGCUUUACCGCAUCCAUAGAACCGAAUGUGGGGAAAACAGAAGUUCUUUAAGCGAUCCACAGAGACUUCACUCUGAAAAUGUGAACAAUUGAACGUUUACAGCAGACAGGUGGAACCCAGGGCUUCCUGCCACCUGGUUGGUCAUUUUAUUGCUUCUAAUUUAUUUAUUUUUUUUAAUUAAAAAUCUCAAUGGUUCUUUUCACGUUCAUACAUGAAGCAGGUAGAGGAGCUCCUGGGCGACGGACUUCUGGACCAAACCAAGCAGAUUCUGAUUAUAGAUCUAUGUCUGCAGCUACAUCUAAGAGUCUCCUUCUGCAGAUCUAGAUCAUCUCUAUAGCUGCAGAUUUAUGUCCCCCGCUUUCAGUCUUCAAAUCUGCCUCCACAGCUCUAUUUCUGCAGCUCUGUGUGUGCUAAUCUACGUCUGCAGUUCUAUACACGUAUAUCUAAAACCACUGCGAAGCCUGAAUUUAAACAGUCAUGUCUCCUUUAGGGUUCCAUGCAGUCAUUCUUCGUCUUCCCUAACCUCUCUUAGAACAUUAGAACCUGUUCUCUGCUGCCUGUGGUAUUUGUACAGUCAACAUUGUGUAUCUUUGAUGUAAGUAAUCAAUAAAAGCUCUGAUAAAGGCGAA